AUGUCGUCCCCGUCCUGGGACUACAUCGCCAAGCUCGUGUGCAUAGGCGACUCAGGAUGCGGUAAAUCCAGCCUCACCAUCCGCCUCUGCGAAGGCCGCUUCUCCCCCACCACGAUGUCACCAUCGGCGUCGAGUUCGGCUCCCGCAUCACUCCUCCCCGCCAGAAGACUCUCCCGCCGCUGCCACCGCCACCAAGGACGGCGCCGCCGGCCUCCCGAACCCCCGCGCAACCCUCCGGCCGCCGCCACGGGACCUCAAAAGCACAUGAAGCUCUCCCUCUGGGACACCGCCGGCCAGGAGACGUACAAAUCCGUCACCCGCUCCUAUUUCCGCGGCGCCUCGGGCGCCCUCCUCGUCUUCGACCUCUGCCGCCGCCAGACCUUUCUCCACGUCACCGACUGGCUCAACGACCUCCGCCAAAUCGCCGAGCCCGACAUCGUCGUCGUCCUCGUCGGCAACAAGGCUGACCUCACCCUCGACAGUGCCGAUGGCGAGAAUAAGCGCGAGGUCACCCGCGACGAGGCCGAGGACUGGGCUCGCCGCAACGGCGUCCUCGAGUACGUCGAGACGAGCGCCAAGAGCGGAGAGAACGUCGAGAAUGCCUUCAUGAGGGUCUCUGAGAGGAUAUACCAGAAUAUUCAGGCAGGCAGAUAUGACUUGAACGACAGGAGAUCCGGCGUCAAGGGCCCCAGCGCCGGAGGUAGCCGGAACGUCGCCCUAAAACGCCCUCCUCAGAACUCUGGCUGCUGUUGA